AGUACGCGGAUCGAAGCACAGAACUGUGGCGAAUUUGUUUAUUAAUUUGCAGCAGAGAGCUGACAAAAAAAACAUGAAGUGUUAAAUGUUUUAGAAUAAAAUGAAACGCUGUAGUGCGCGUAACUGAGACGGUUUAGGCAAAAUUUCAAGUAAAAAAUAGUGUGAAAAUUGGCAAAACAAGAACGCGUUGGUUGGUGGUCGGUCAACCAACGACAGUUUGUUGAGCAGUAGCAGGCGUGUUUUUUCAGUUUUUUUUUUUUUUGGUUUUUUUAUUGAUUAAAUUUUAAGUGAACACACACACUCACAUACAAACGCGCAAUUUUUUAGUGGCGCGCAAACACACACAUACAUACACCAUACGAAACAACAAAAGCAUUCUCUGGCCGACACAAAGGAGUUGAGCAAUAACAGCAGCAACAACAACAACACCAUCAAAUUGCAUGGACUAAAUUGUAGGCUUAAAUGAAUAAAGUAGUACAAAUCGUGUGAAACAAAGUCACAAAGUCACACACACACACGCACACACACUCUAAUCAGUCGCACACAAAGCAAUAGCAAGCGGAAAAAAAGUGUAACACACGCGUAACAAACGCGGAAACUGCAAAAUAGCUUCUGAAGGUUCUAGUGCCAGUGUGUGUGUUGCCUUUUUUCUGCAGCUCGUGCAUAAGUUAAGCGGUUGUAGGCUGUAACAAGUACAGACAACCAGACAACUGCAAUAGCACCAGCGACGAGAAGAGCAGCCGCAGUAAUUGCCCGUCAUUCAAUCAAACAGAGUCGUGCUAUGUCUUGUAAGGUGGACCGGAGCAAAGGCUCAGCGCUUAUCAGCGGCGCUGACGGCGGCGUCGGCGGCACGAACGGAGUGGUUGAUAAGACUAUAGUGGAGGACGAUAUAUUUCGUAAAGUGUCUGCCAUGAAUGGCACAAAUAAACCACCGAAAUUGUCGCAGCAGUUACGGCUGCAACAACAACAACAGAACCAGGAGAACCAGCAACAGACACAGCAGCUUCAGCAGCAGCAGCAACAACAGCAACAGCAGCAGCAACAACAGCAACCAGCAACGCCACAGAAACAGGCUAUGUCAGCGGAUGAGCGCAAAGCCACAAAGAAAUCUCUAGUCAUUGUUGCCGCAAUAUUUGUGACCAGUCUGAUCACAAUGUGCUAUGUCUAUGCAAUAUUUCCCGAAUUGAAUGAAUCGGAAAAGCAACAUUUGAAAAUACCACGUGAUAUACAAGAUGCUAAAAUGUUGGCUAAAGUUUUGGAUCGCUAUAAGGACAUGUAUUACUUUGAAGUAAUGUUUGGCGUCGUCGUUGCCUAUGUAUUCCUACAAACAUUCGCCAUUCCUGGUUCGCUAUUCCUAUCGAUCUUACUUGGAUUCCUGUACAAAUUUCCCAUCGCAUUGUUUUUGAUUUGUUUCUGUUCGGCGCUGGGCGCCACACUCUGCUACACCCUUUCGAAUCUUGUAGGACGACGGCUGAUUCGUCACUUCUGGCCGAAGAAGACGAGCGAGUGGUCCAAACAUGUGGAGGAGUAUCGCGACAGUCUCUUUAACUAUAUGCUGUUCCUGCGCAUGACACCGAUAUUGCCGAAUUGGUUCAUCAAUCUCGCAUCCCCGGUAAUUGGAGUGCCUCUCCAUAUUUUUGCUCUCGGCACUUUCUGCGGCGUCGCUCCACCUUCGGUUAUUGCCAUACAGGCGGGCAAGACUCUCCAGAAGAUGACCAGCUCGAGUGAGGCCUUCUCCUGGACCUCCAUGGGCGUCCUUUCAGUCUGCGCUUGCGCCUCCUUGUUACCGGGCUUGCUGAAGAACAAGUUUAAAAAGAAGAAGAAGCAGGCGUAAGCCGAAUAUGGAGUAACAGCGGGAGAGGGAAAGAGAGAGCGAGAGAGAGAGGGAGGCGAAGUUUACCAAAAAACAAAAACAAAGGAAAAGAAAGAAGAAACGCUCGUAGUUCCAGGGUUGUUGAGAUCGAGAAUUCGACUGAUCCAAUGGACUGCUGUUGGCUUGGGUUGUUUUAAAUUAAACAAAUAUACAUACAUAUACCUAUAUUUAUAUUAUAUACAUACAUAUAUAUAUAUAUACAUAUACGAGCGUAUACAUACAUGUGUGUAUUUCAUUAUUAAUUUUUUAGGUUCGCUUUUAGUUGUAAUAGUUGUGUAUGAAAAAGUAUGUAUAACGAUAUGCUAUUUCCAAAUUACAAAACAAAUAUAUAUGUGAAGAAGCC